UGUUUUGAUAAAAAUGGGCGUGACCUUCAACUUUCAAUGGCCAUUGCGUCGUAACAUGUUGACCAAUUUUCAGAUGUGAGAAUGUUAUGCAUGAUGAUCAUCUAGCUCUGUCGCUGGCCUAGCCUGGUAACUUUCUAAGAAAUGAUGGAUUCAGACGAGAUCGAGUUGCCCAUUUCAAGCCCCGCUCCCGUUUCGACUGAUUCAGAGUGGGAGUCAGAUGUCGAGCGAGAUGGUGAAGACGUAAAUCAAGCAGGGGAAGUCGGAGUUGGCGUUGGUCGGCCUCUAGAGCAAUUGGGUUUACUCCCGGAUCAGUGUGAACCAGAUGCUGCACCUCGGCGGUGAGGAAGUUCAGAGACGGGGUGGUGACAACGCGCCCGCAAGAUUGGGGAAUAAAAAUUGGUAAUUAUUUACUUGAGAGUCUAUGUUCUAUAAAGACUUACUCUUACUGGUAGAGGUAACUCAAGUUACCAGUACUUAUUUCAGUAGUAUUUGGUCAAUAACUAGACCCUAUAAAUUCUGAGUAGAAAUCUAACUAUGAUCGAAGUCAUAAAUGUUGGAACUUGGUUGGAAGUACAAUUAGAAGUCUAAAAAACUGCUGCCAUUUGUGCUGCUUUGCUUGUAUUUGUAUAAUCACUCUAGCUUAGGUCAAGGUCUAGUAAUAUUCUAGAUACAAAAAUUAAAACUCUUUACCACAGUUAGUGGAAACGUUUCAUGCCAGCACUAAUGUGUCAAGCCUACGAAGAAUAAAUGCCAUUCCUGAUGAUAAAACACAGGCGUGACAACAAUCGUCUUUGGUCUGGGUAUGGACCUUACCACGUUAUGUCUUAUGGAAGAGUAACCCAAGGGCAUUUGUGGUGGAUGCUUUUUCAAUCUCUUGGCAUUCGCUCAUCUUGUAUUUAUUUCCGCCAUUUUGUCUCCUUACAGAAGUUUCGAGAAGACAAGGUGGACAAGGCGUUGUUAAUCGCCCCCCUUUGGAGGGCCAACCAUGGUUUCCCAAGACCCUUCUGUUUCUGAUCGACAUACCCCUCCUACCAACCAAUCCUCUUGUGAAGCAUCGGAAUCCAUUUCCAGGCCUCAAGCUAACUGUUUGGAUCAUCUCAACAAAUGUUGGCGCUCAGCUGGAUUUUCUGAACACGCUUCAAGUCUCAUCGCCCCCUCUUGGCGAGAUAGAACCAACGAGUCGGCAUGGAAGCAGUGGCUUAGCUGGUGUGGUGAACAAUCGAUUGAUCCCUUUAAACCAUGCUUACAUGUAGUUAAUGUGUUAAUUUGCUCAUAGUAGCUCUGAGCAAACAUAAGCAUAGUAGCUAUGAUCAUAGUAGCUAUGAUGAGCAUAGUAGCUAUGAGCAAUUAUUAAAAAUACAAUAUAGGAUUUUGUAAGUGCAUGUCAGACCCAAAGUUGCUCACAAAUGCGGUAUGUACAAAUCCAAUGCGCAAAUUCUGUUUGCAUUGGUACAUAAAAUCACAAUUCUGCCAAUUUUAUUGCAGGUAAAAUGUCUUCAUUCAUGGACUAAAGUUUGUUUUCCAUAUUAUUUGCUGACAAGAUGUUGCCUUUAUCUAAUUUUAAGGUCACUGGUCAAGUGAUUGUUUGCAAUGAUGGGUGCUUUGGUUUGGUGAGGAGAAAGAAAGCUGGUUCAAGUGCUGGUGGAACUACUCAUUCAUGUACUAAAGUUUGUUUUCCAUAUCAUUUGCUGACAAGAUGUUGCCUUUAUCUAAUUUUAAGGUCACUGGUCAAGUUAUUGUUUGCAUUAAUGGGUGCUUUGGUUUGGUGAGGAGAAAGAAAGCUGGUUCAAGUGCUGGUAGAACUACUCAUUCAUGUACUAAAGUUUGUUUUCCAUAUUAUUUGCUGACAAGAUGUUGCCUUUAUCUAAUUUUAAGGUCACUGGUCAAGUGAUUGUUUGCAUUGAUGGGUGUUUUGGUUUAGUGAAGAGAAAGAAAGCUGGUUCAAGAGCUCGUGGAACUACUCACCAAGAGGAUGAAUAUGGAAAGAACUUUGUGGAUGGAUACAGGAUAGAACAUGGUCAAGCAUCAAAGAUACACUGUAACUUAUGUAAAGUGUUGACCAUACUGUGCUUUGCAAACACACUCGAUAAGCCUUGUGCUUCAUGUACUACGCCCUUGAGGGAACUGCAUAUCUUGCUCUUUUUACAGAUGUGGUAUGUACAAAUCCAAUGCAAAUUCUGUUUGCAUUGGUAAAUGAAAUAUGCAACUUAUUUGUAACAAAAGUUGGCAUUCAUUUCAAAUUGCCAUGCUAAUUGAUUUGUGUAUGUGUCUAAAUCUGGAUUGUCUGCAAGGAAAAACAAUGUUGAAUGCGUAAUAUUUGACUUGCCAUUCUUUUAUUUUAAUAUUGCAGGCAAAAUGGUACCCUCAACACUUGCUUCCACUUCCAGGCUAAUAAAUGGAGAGAUGAGAGCACUGGGUAAGAUCCUGGGAGCAAUAUUGCUCCAUGCCAGACAGAGUGUCUCCAUCCUUAAACCAAUGUCGGCGAUUGAUCUCAUUCCUGAUGAUGGUAAGCGUGCAAGUGUCCAGAAGGUAAUGGUUGCAUCAAAUGAAAAUUGUAUAUUAUAUUAUAAGUAAAAAGUAUGUGGAGGCUAAGGUUGCAUUAUAUCUUACUUGUACAUAAUUUAUAUCUUUUGAAGAUGCACUUAUUUGUCAUGUAUUUCAAUUCUUUAAUUUGCAGGCAUGUGGAUGGAAAUGAUAAGCUCAUUCUAUGGCGUUUAGUCAUCCAUGGAGGGAUAGAUAGAUUUUCAAGAACAGUUGUUUAGCUUUGGAUAUUAUUGGUUUUUUCUGUACAUGUUAAUUGGUAAGUUAAAAAUUUAAGUCUUAUUUUCAGAGCGUGUGUCUGAUAAAUUAUGGGUUCGAAAGAAGUUGCCAAUUUUGAUAGCGAAAUUCAUUUUGUAGAUAAUUGCAUGUGGAAAAGUGACACGGAUGUUGAAUAUGAAUUAUGCGAUGAUAAAUCUUAUUGCGUUCGUAAGGUGUUACUUCGCUUAGAAGAAAAUUGGGCAGGCGAUUAUUGUCACAUUUAUUAUACUCGCGAAAAAGCUUUUGGUUAUUUAUGGGAACCCUAUGGUGUGUGUGUUUAUUUUCAAACGGAAGAUGACAAGACGAUUCGUUGUGAACAGUUGAUGUUUACUGUGGGUCCAUGUGAUGAAGAAUAAAUUGUAUGUUUUUUGUUAUUUUGUGUUUUUAGCUCUGAGCAACCAGAGAGGUCUCGCUUUGAAAUCCAACAAUUAAUUUUGGUCAAUUUGUUUUAAUUCAUAUUUGAUAAUCUUACGUUGCCAUGGACCGCGUCAAAAUGGAUCUGUCCCCCCCUUGUGUGAGUAGAAUGGUGGUACGCCCAUGUGCAAACUGUAUUGAGGCGCGAGAAUUAUACAACCGGUGGGAGUGUGUUGACCAUGCUGACGGUCGUGAAAGGAGCGAGGGGCGUUUCUCUGAAACAAUGACACCCCCAGGACGAAAGUUGUGUGUUAGAGAUCCUAACGGAGCCAUUGUGAGUUUGGCUGAUGCCUUGAAAAAUCCCUGUUUGAAUGAUGCUAUGAAUUCCCCUGAGAGCCCUGCUAGUACCAUCAGCACCUGUAGCACUGCUAGCACUACCAGCACUAGCAGUACCGCUACCAGUAUGACGUUUGAAAGCCCCGCUUCUCCUAACGAGCAUGAUAAAGGUGUCCAUGAAAUUGUCGAUGAUUUGUUUUUCGGCGAAUCGAGCAAGAAGGAUGAGGGGAUGGUGAUUGACAAUAGCGGGUUGGAUGUUGAUGAGGGGCGUGCCCCCGAAGAAGAGUAUGUAUCGUUUCAACAGGCGCAAGAAAUGUAUGACGAAUGCUAUGGUAUCAGUUACGUGGCUCUGUUUGAGAAACUGUCUGAAAAACCCGGCUUUAUGGCUUGGGAUAAGUAUGUUGCCGGUCAGAUUGCACACCUGAAAUCAAACCCUCAGGAGAUGGAAGAAUGUAAGAAGAUUGAGAAUGAGGCAGUGGAUAAAAUCGAGAGCAUGUUCCAGGGUAUGAGAGAUUAUACCUGGUGGGAGUCUGUUUUUGGCACUGUCUACGAUGCGGAUAAGCACAUGAGUACCCGAGCGGAAUAUGUGAAAGAGGCCCAAGAGAUAAUGAAUACCAUUGUAGAGCGUGGUGGAAAGCUUGACUUUAUGCCUUCCUAUUUCCGGUAUCAUCCUAGGGCGGAGUCCAUGGCAAAAAAGAUUACUGAAUUGAACGUCAAGAAUCCCGCAGAAAGGGAUCUCUUGGUAGCAAACGUAGCAAAAGAAAGGGAAAUCCAAUACCUGACAGGUGUAGUGAAGGAACUCAAUGGCAAAUACAACACCUUGAGUACUCUCCUCAUUCCUACCCUUCUUCAUACGUUAACCAUGUUGGACGACAAAGACCGAGAACUACAGCUGAGCAGGCAAGACGACAUCUGGCUGAUGUUGGCCGUCCUGUUAGAGGCUUCGAGGCGCCGUCAGAUGUAUGCCAUGAGAGAGAGGGAUGAGUUUGAAGCGAAGCUGACAGCCCAAGAAAAAGUCAUCGAAGACCUGGAACGGGUCAAAAUACCCCGUGAUCCCUAUGAUGACCCUCCUGAACAACCGAGGCCCUUGGUCGAAAGGUGUAGCGAUUGCAACCUACUGAAGCUCAUUGAACAUCGCGACAUUGCCAAUUUGUGGAUUCCCCGAGCAGAACGUGAAGCAUCGACCUCUCGACCUACAACUCUCGAACCAGAAGCCGCUCUUCACACCCCACAACCCAGGACCUCUACACCCAAACCUGAUCAUGUUCCACCAACACCACCACCCAACAUGCUAGAUUGCUCAGAAUCCUUUGAGGAGUGGAACUUUGAAGACGCCGCUUUCGAGGGGAUUGCUGCUCUCAAUGUUCAAGAAGUUGAUGCUGUCUUAACCCCUGCCAAAGAGGAUGCUGACAUGAACCAAGAUGAAAGACACAUCGUAAGCUCAUCUACCGAUCUGCCGGUCUCAACACCUUUCGUUGUGACCCCUUGGAGUCCUUGCUACAACCGUCGCGACAUUCCAGACUCCCCAACCCGAGGAACAGAGGGGUACCUGCUCCCAACACCAACGAUUGAAGAGGAAGACGACGAUGUGAUCUGUCUUGAAGGAUAUGUUCCACCAUUUGAACAACCCACAACCACUGUAUAUCGGGAAGAGAUUGUCAACUCUCCACAGCGUGCUAGACGGGAUCUGUUGACAGAGUUCCGCCCUGAUACACCAUAUCGAAGACGCUCUACCCGUCUCCUGAAAAGAAAGAGUCCUAAAUCUUGUCAUUAAGAAAUUCAUCUGAAAAGAUGGCGGAAACAGCCCCUUCAUCGCCGGUGUCUCCUACUCAACGACGUUUGCAAGCCCUCGAAUUU